UUUUUGCGUGACGGAGGUCCUGUUGUUGUGGGCAUGCGCAGUGUGCGGCAUCUGUGUGGGGGAUAUUGGACGCGGUAAAGCUUUGAGUACUGAGCAGAGGCGUUUGGUGCCCUGAGCGGAGAACGACGUGUGGGUGCGGGGAAGAGGCCGAGGCAGUCCCGGGCGGAAGUAACCUGAGUCCCCAGAGUUGGGCCUUCUACCUGGACGUGUAGUGGGAUCGUCUCUCCACCCCGUCUCCCAGGAAUAUUUAAAUGAGGCAGUAGAAGAGGAACAUCCUAUCUUUCUAACGCCCUUGGCAUCGCUAACGAGCAGCAUCUGGUUAAAGAAGCACCUUCAGGGGCCUGACAUGCCUUUUACCUCCUGACAAGGAGUAUGGGCACUCAGGGCAGCCCUGUGAAGAGCUACGAUUACCUCCUGAAGUUCCUGCUGGUGGGGGACAGUGAUGUCGGCAAGGGGGAAAUCCUGGAGAGUCUGCAGGAUGGCGCAUCCGAAUCUCCAUACUCCUAUAGUAACGGUAUUGACUACAAAACCACUACUAUCCUGCUGGAUGGCCGGCGGGUCAAGCUUGAGCUCUGGGACACCUCUGGCCAAGGCAGGUUUUGCACAAUCUUUAGGUCUUAUUCAAGAGGAGCUCAGGGCAUCCUCCUCGUUUAUGACAUCACGAACCGGUGGUCCUUUGAUGGGAUUGACCGAUGGAUCAAAGAGAUAGACGAGCAUGCUCCAGGAGUCCCUCGUAUCUUGGUGGGAAAUAGGCUGCACUUGGCCUUCAAGCGGCAGGUGCCCACUGAGCAGGCUCGGGCCUAUGCAGAGAAGAAUGGCAUGACCUUUUUUGAGGUCAGCCCACUGUGCAACUUCAAUGUGACGGAGUCCUUCACAGAACUGUCUCGAAUAGUCCUCAUGAGGCAUGGAAUGGAGAAGAUAUGGAGGCCAAACAGAGUAUUCAGCCUGCAAGAUCUGUGCUGCCGAUCUAUUGUCUCAUGCACACCUGUCCAUCUCAUCGAUAAACUUCCUCUGCCAGUGGCUAUUAAGAGCCACCUCAAAUCCUUCUCCAUGGCCAAUGGAAUGAAUGCUGUGAUGAUGCAUGGACGUUCCUACUCUGUGGCUGGUGGUGGCGGUGGGGCAGCAGGAAGCGGUGGAGGGAGCAAAGGCAACAGUCUAAAACGAUCCAAAUCUAUUCGGCCUCCUCAGAGUCCCCCUCAGAACUGCUCAAGAAGCAACUGCAAGAUCUCUUAGCAUGGAAAUCUGAAAUGCGCGGGGCUGAAGAAAGUACACCCAGCCAUUUGGCCAUGUGGAGAGGAUGCUCUGUGAGCUGCACCUUGGACACCUGCGUGGGCGUGGAUGCCGGUCCGUGUUUGUGCCAUUUUUUUAAUCUUCUGUCAAAUGGAAGCCGGUGAUCGUAGCAGAAGACUUCCAUCUUGUACCUUAUUGACUGACUUCCUGUCACCAUACACCCAAUCCUGAUUCCUUCAAGGGUGUCGCACUGCAUGAUGGCUCUGACUCACUCCUACUACCCCUGGGGCAGUACUGUGCUAAGACAGCUCCCCUACCUCCUCCUUAUUUAUAAAUAAGUAUAUAUAUUAACGGACACCUCACUUUUUUUUAUAAAUAUAAUGCCUGACUAUACAACACUUCUGUAUCAUGCUGUAAAUAAUUAACAUUCCUACCUUCCCUUAUCAAAGGGACAAACCUGGGGCUUCUGCUACUAACCACUGCAUGGAUUUCUAUAAUAUUGCAUCACACUGGGAGCUACUGACCAAACAUGGAGGUAAAAAGUGUCGCCCAAAGCAACCAGUUAGGUGUAAGAUUUAAUUUUCUCUGAUGGCAAAAUGGUAGCUGGAAUCUAGUUGCCAUGAGCAACAUUUAUACAUUCCUUCUCUGUAAAUCACUUUCCAUGUAAACAGGCAAAUUUUAUUAUGAAAAAUAUAAUGUGCAAAUUGAAGUGAACCAGAACUUAAAUUUUAGUUUUGGAAAUAACAAGGAGUAGAACCUCUUUUGGGUUUUUAUUGCUAUCCAUGGCGCCAUUACAGUGAUUUCACUUACUGCCAAGUGAAGAAUGGUUUCACCAGAUGUGAAGGGAACAUCUCCAGCAGCAACACAGAUU